ACGACAUCUUUGGCAAAAUCAAGGUCAUUAAAUAUGGCUGUGUGUUUUAUGGUAGAAUUUUAAUCAAUGCUGUAUUUAAAUUUUAAGUGUAGUAAUGCUGUCAGUGUUCCGGUGGCUUUAGGACCAUUCAAGUAUCGAGAAAGAUCUGAAGAGUCUAGAGUUAAUGUAGUUGUCUUUGCAAGUUGCCAUUCUGAAUUGCUACAAAAUUCUGUUUUCCUGUGAGCGCAAUGCGUCGCCGGAUGUCAGAUGCAAUUUUACCUCCAGAAAUUGAGCCUCCCAAAAAGAGAAUAGCUUCUAAUGGUAAUAAAUUGCCUGAUCCAAUAAGAGAGGGGGAGAUCCUCACAGAUGUGUUAGGAAAACGUUGGAGACUUGGAAGAUCAAUAGGUGUUGGAGGUUUUGGUGAAAUAUACCUGGCUUCCCAUGAAAUCGGCAGGGCAGUUGGUACAGAUGUGGAACAUGUUGUGAAAGUAGAGCCACAUAAAAAUGGACCACUUUUUGUGGAAAUGAACUUUUAUAUAAGAGCUGCAAAACCUGAGAUGAUUCUGGAGUGGCAAAGAAGAAAGAGGCUUCAGCAUCUAGGAAUGUCUCCUUAUGUGGGUGCAGGAUCACAUAUGUAUAAAGGUGAUAGAUAUAGAUUCCUUGUUUUGGAACGAUUUGGAUUGGAUUUGAACAAAUUGUUUUUGAAGUACAAGAGGAAGUUUCAUUUAAAGACUGUUUUGUACCUGGGCAUCCAGAUAUUAGAUGUUCUUGAAUACAUCCACAGCCAAGGCUACAUUCAUGCUGAUAUUAAAGGUUCUAAUCUGCUUAUUGGUCAUAGACAUGGUACAACAAAUAAUGUGUACUUACUCGAUUUUGGUCUUGCUUGUCGUUACAUGGGGCGAGAUGGCAGGCAUAAAGAAUAUCAUUCUGAUCUGCGCAAAGCACAUAAUGGCACAAUCGAAUAUACAAGCAGAGAUGCUCACAUUGGAGCACACUCAAGAAGAGGGGAUCUUGAAAUUCUGGGCUACAAUUUAUUACAGUGGCUUUGUAGCAAGUUACCUUGGGAAGAUGAACAGGCUGAUCCAGAUUACGUUCAUGAACAGAAAAAAGCAUUCAUGUCAAAUAUUCCACUAUUGAUGAAGUGCUGCUUUCCGAAUGGAGACGCUCCAGCUGUAAUAAGUCAGUAUCUAAAAUACGUUGCAAGUUUGGAAUUUGACACACGUCCUGACUACAGUUAUUGCCGAAAACUGUUGCGUAAAGGCAUUACAGAUGCGGGGUAUGUGGAUGAUGGGAAACUGGAAUUUGGGUUAUCUGUUUCUCCUAGGAUGAAACAGAUCAAAAAGAAAAAGUGCUCUUUUGAAGAACCAGAAAACAUUGGUUUUAAACCAAAGAAGCCGUUCAGAAACAUUUACAGACAACCAUGUGUUGCUCACAAUUUCAACAGAAUGACCCGAAAUUCAACAGCAGCACCUGUUUUACGAUCUCAUCAGUUUUUCUGGGAGAAAAUCCUUUCUUCACAUCCAGAGAAGAAACCACAGAUAGCUCGCAAAAAUAUGAACAAUGUGACAAAACUUGAAGUUCCUAAAGUUAGGCAUCCUGAGCCAUUUGACCAGCAGGUGUCAAUCAAGACUGAAGACCCAGGUAUUCCAACACCAGCUAUGCUUGAGGUAAUGGCAAGAAUGCAAGAAAGAACUUCAUCGCAAGUAACUGGAGUGCUUAGGAAAAACCGAAGUGAUAGCCGCUGUAGCAGUCCAUCAGAAGAGUCAGUAUAUCCAUUUGCUUUAACACCAGCAAUGGAACAAGUGUUAAGGAGACGAGAAGAGUUGCAGCAACAAGAGAUUGAGAGAAUGAGAGCUUCAAGUGACUCAGAUGAAAGCACAGAAUGUAUGCGAGUAACACGAUCCAGAGCAGCUUCCAGUUCCUACAAAUCAAAUGAGAAGAAGAAGAAGAAGAGGAAGGCAGUGUACAGCCUGUCUUUAGUUGACGGGAAUUGUAAUGGUGAGAAGAAACUGUUCGAUAUAUCACAGAAGAGAAGCAGACUGCCUAUACGUCCCCGUGUGUUAAGAAAUGGUUCAUUACUUAUGUAGUCCAGUUUUUUAUAAAAAAAAACUGAUUGUUGAUAGCACUCCAUUGACUACUGUGUGUUGUGAAUGUGGUAUGUGAUGUGGAUAUUUACAUACAUUAUAAAGUGUCACUAGUUUUGAAAUAUGUGUACUAUAUGAUGGACAAAUAAGUGAGUGAUCCGAGUGAGAUUUUCAGCAGCAUUUUGGACUUUAACCAAAUGCGCUGUUAAACUUGACAUAACUCUGUGUGUGUGUGUGUGUGUGUGUGUGUGUGUGUGUGUGUGUGUGUGUGUGUGUUUGUUUGGGGGGGUUAGGGGGCUUUUUUUAUUGUACAAAUCUAAAACUAGGAAUAUUUAAAGACUAGCACGCAUACGUUCACACGUAUACACCAGUGCGUGCUGUUGUAUAUUCAGUUGUGUAAUUUAUCAUGUAAAACAGUAUUCUGGCAUUAAAUGCUCUUUCGCUCUACUGCGUCCUGAUUUUUAUAUUCCUGGGUUGCUUGCAUUACAGAAAUGCAGGAAUCUGGAGGCAUUCUGUGCAAUAUACUGUAACAAAAACAAACAAAAACUGUGGCAUCAAAAAGGAAAAGAAUUCAUGACUGCUGCAUUUUAUUGUGUGUUCUGUAAGCUUUAUGUUAGCUAAAUAGUUAAAUUGUGGACUAAGUAAUAAAUUUACUUUUUUGUCUAAUA